AUGCCACCACCUCUGAAGUGGCUGGUAACUCUACUGCCAUUAUCCACCUCCACCUUGAGUCUCUGGAGCUUGGCCAUGCCCCUGUGCAUAUCCUUCACACCAUGCUGCAGGGAUAUUUCACACAAGACACCUACCACUUCUCACAACUUCUCACAACUGCCCUUCAACUUUGCCACUGAGGAGUCCAGAGAUGCCUAUGACACUGCAGCAUCAAAGCCAGCUGCAAGUCUGACUACCUUUGCUAAGGUAGUCAUUUUCCUUACUACUCAUACUGAUGAAGACAGGGGGAAUCUGUUCUCUGGAAUGGAGAAUAAGGUUCCAAUAGCCACAGAGGUCUUUGAGUUUCUGCAAGGCCUUCUGUUACCCUUCUCCAACAUUGUCAAGGGUGGAGACCUCAUCUUCUUUGUAUGUGGUUCUACUGUAAGGAAGGAGGAGAGCUUCCAAGGACUGAAGGCAGCUGUGCAACAUUUCAAGCCAAGGUCCAUGCUGCUUUUUGAUGCUGAGAGACUUCAACUAGUCACCACCAUUCCCUUCCUCAUGAGUGUCCUUGACCACACCCUGGUUCAAGGCUUCCAUGUCCAAAGUGCAGUCAGGCACUCCAACAUCAUCUUGAUGUUGUGGCAGGAGAAGGUAGUGGUGGAGAAAUUUAUCCAGACUGACAAGUUCAUUAGGCCUUGGGGACAACAAUUGCCUGCCCAGUGCCCUCAGUGUUAUAGCAUUCAGAAGUGGGAAGCUGGUUGUUCAGGGCAGACUUAUUCCUAUGAGUGCAAGAAUCCUGGCUGUGGGAAGGACACACAGGGCACAUCUCAGCCUCCCCAAACCUAUACUAUCUGCAUGUCCAAAGGGGCUACCAAACUGACACAGGGAAUGGGGCAAACAUCAUCCUGGCUGUUGGAAUCUUUGUAA